AUCUGUUUUAAGUUAGAAAAAUGUGUAAAAUAAAAUAUGUUAACAUUGACUCAUGUUUAUCAAUAUAGAGAUAACGAUAACGUGUGAUAAAAUUUGACUCAACAUGUCGGAAACCUGAAAAUAAUUUUUUGAACAAUGGGUGUUGAAAAAGGACAAGUUUAUUUAAGAAAAACGUUUUUAAAUUAUGAACUUACGCCCAGACAAGAUAUCAUUAUAAAUUAUUUCAUACCUUCAGUCUGUUCUUUUUUGUUGUAUAUUUUUUUAUUUGCAAGUGAUUGUGUGGUGGUGUUUAGACACUAUAAGGAUGAAGACCCCAUAUGGGCUUCAGUCACUUUAUUUAUUAUUUAUUUUCCCUCACUUUGUUCAUAUAUUGUGGUAACAUCAUCAUGGGAGUUGUGGCCAGAAAUGGAGGGUUGUGGGUGUGAUAAUUUCUUGUGGUGGUUGAUAAAAACUUUGGAACAUUUAUUAUUCCCCGUGUGGGCUAUAUGGAGAUUUGCGGAACGAAUAUUUUGGUCAAUAGAAGGAAUGCGUUCAAAUGAUGAAAAAACAAUAUCGGAAGCAAUACAAACAAUAACAGCACCACGUUCUAUCGAAUUGUAUUUCUUUUUUCAAGCAUUUUUACAAUCAUUGCCACAAAUGUUACUUCACAUCAACAUAAUAAUGAGACAAGUUGAAGACACACACAAACAAACGACUGACGCCGAAAUUUUAAGUUUUGUGUUUAAUCUGGCUAAAUUAGCAGCAACAGUUGCGUUUUAUCACCGAUUUAAGACUCAAAAGCUGGCAGGAAAGCAAUAUCCUUGGUUUAAAGCCUAUAAAAAGCCUAAAGAUCCUACCAUUGAUCAAAUUGAUUCACCUUUAAAACCCGCUGAAACUAAAAAGAAUGAGGAUGACCCUGUUAUUAUAUCGGAAAGUCGGAGAAGUAGCGGUUCUUUUAUGGAACCUUCAACAGGAUCUUUGAAAGAACUCCCUGGAACCCUUAGAGAAACGUCGGUAAUUGAUGGACCCUUGCGAAAACUAUACCAAGAAACUUCAGAGCCCGAUUUUAACAUUAAACGAGUUGCAGUUAUUAAAGGAUUACCCGAAGACGAUUUAGCAGGAAAACUUGUUGCAUUUUGCUGGUGGUUGUGUUUUUUGCUAGUGAGAAUAUUAGCAAUUUCUGCAUUCUUUUUCUUCUAUCCUAAUGCAACUAUCUGGUUGCUUCUGGCACAUUUUCUUCUAGUUGUUGCUUUUUUAGUUUAUGAUGUCAAAAGUGAUGAUGUUAAAAGAGCCAAAGCUUUAUUUUUUGUGUUUAUAGGACUUAUUUAUAUUUUCUGUAUUAUAGAGUUUAAAAUCAAGUUUAAGAAAACGAAAUUUAUGUAUUAUGGUUACUUUUCCUUAGUUUAUCUACAAAAUUUUAUCAUGUGUAUGGUUUGGUGGGUUCACAAUGUUGAAGAUAUGCACAACGAUUUCUGGUUCAGAUAUAUCUUUUACAUUGUUGUUGUUGGUUCGAUUAUAAGCGUUUUAUCAAUGGUGUUGUACUUAAAUAUAAAUAAACCGAAGAAAAUUGUUGUUGGUGAAAAAAUUCUACUAUAAAUUCUUGUAACAGAACAUUUAAAACAUUUAUAUAACUAACACUUAAUAUUAUAUUUGUAUAUAUUAU